GUUUCAGUUGUUCAGCCAUCCACAGUUUGGCCAACAAGAUGGCGGUGUAUGUCCCAGGCCUUGUGGCCAUCCUGGUCUUUUAUCUGGUCAUAUUGGCCAUCGGGAUCUGGGCCGCCAGGAAGGCGGGGAUCAGGGCCACACAGCUGCGUAUUGAUGACGUCAUGUUGGCCAAUAGAUCGAUUGGUUUAUUUAUUGGAUCAUUUACUAUGACAGCUACGUGGGUAGGUGGCGGAUACAUUAAUGGCAGCACCGAGGUCGUAGCCUUUGAUGGACUGGUGUGGUGUCAGGCUCCUAUAGGGUACAGCCUCAGUCUACUUUUUGGUGGGUUUUUCUUCGCCACCAAGAUGCGUAGUUCUGGCUUCAUCACAAUGUUGGACCCCUUCCACUGGAAGUACGGAGACCUGAUGAAUUGCCUGCUCUACAUCCCAGCACUCAGUGGGGACGUCUUCUGGUCGGCCUCCAUACUGGCGUCUCUUGGAGCGACCUUGAAGGUUGUCCUUGAACUUGACCUUGUGGUAGCCACCGUCGUGUCAGCAGCCUUCGCCCUCUGCUACACACUGGUAGGCGGGCUCUACUCGGUGGCCUACACGGACGUUGUCCAGCUCAUCUGUAUCUUCAUUGGCCUGUGGAUCUGUGUCCCAUUCGCUAUGCUACACGAGGCGACACUGCCAAUAACAACCAACAGCUCGGACCUGUGGUACGGCACUCUGGACCCGGCAUACAUCGGCAACUAUGUGGACUUCGGCCUGCUGCUCAUCUUUGGUGGCAUUCCCUGGCAGGUAUAUUGGCAGAGGGCUCUAGCAGCUAAGACAGUCUACGUGGCUAAAACUCUCAGCAUCCUGUCGGCUGUUGGCUGCGUCAUCAUGGCUGUACCGGCUGUUUUAAUGGGAGCUGUAGCGGCUUCCACGGACUGGAACCAGACUGAGUACGGGAGUCCAAGACUUCUGGCAUCUGACCGCACCCUGACGCUACCCCUAGUCAUGCGGUACCUGUGCCCGACUGCGGUGACUUUUAUCGGCCUCGGUGCCGUGUCGGCCGCCGUCAUGUCGUCCACGGAUUCCUCCAUCUUGUCCUCCAGCUGCAUGUUUGCCAGGAACGUCUUCGGCGUCAUCUACACUAGGGUUUAUAGAGAGAAGCCCUCAGAAACCAAGAUUGUGUGGGUGAUGCGGGUCUCUCAAGUCGUCAUCACCGCCAUGUCAUGCGCAAUGGCCAUCUCGGUCAACUCUAUCUACUACCUGUUCCUCUUGUGCUCAGACUUUGUCUACGUCAUCCUCUUCCCCCAGCUGGUCUGCGUCAUGUACCUCAAGGGGAGCAACUCCUACGGCUCCCUGUCCGCCUUUGUGGUGGGGCUAGUUGUCCGGCUGCUUGGUGGCGAGAAGGGCCUUAGUCUGCCGGCAACGAUCAUCUUCCCUUGGUACGACACGAACACGGAGACCCAAUUAUUCCCCUUUAGGACGAUGUCCAUGCUUCUCUCCCUCUUCACGCUGAUCGUCGUCUCCUACACCAUCGACUUCCUGUUUAGAUACCAGGUGGUGCCGUUAAAAUAUGACUUCUACAGGUGUUUCCAGCAUCUUAAAGACAGCGGCGUUUCAUCGACCCAGCUGGUCAGCGUGAGCAGUACAUCAGUGGUCAGCAUUGACACAGUGCUCACCAACACAUCUUCUGACACCCACUGUGUAGGGGAGAGGGGCAGUGAUCAAAUCAAGGGAGAUAAUGUACGAUUCAGGGGAAGCAAUUCUGACCAAAGAUACCUCUUCAGUACCCCAACGUUGCAAGCUAUCAUACAUAAAGAUGGUGACAGUGUUGGUGUUUGACCAAAACAAAAUGUUAGACUAUAACAGUGAUCCAAGCUGUUUAAAUGUUCAUUCAGCUAUUACGUAGUAAAACAUAUCCUGUAUUUUUUAUGUUAUAGACUGCCUUAUAAAAGUAAAACUUAUGUUUCCUUAGUCGGCAGAAUGAUUCCAAAGUAAAUAAAUUGGUGUCGGUAAGAUAUAGACCACAUACUAAUAAAAAAAUUUCCAUUUUAAUUAUUUUUAAAUAAUUAUUUAUUUUGUAUUAUAUUUUAUUUGGUCCAAGACUUGUAAAGCUUCUUUUUCUUUACUUUAAAAUUUGUGUUUGAAAAAUUUAGCGUUGACAGUUUCGAGGCUAGGUUUGAUCUAGGCAUUAGACAUAGAGACCAUCUUGUCCAACCAUCACUGAGAUAAAACAUGUCCCAUUAGAGCUGAUAGACUCGU